AUGGGAAACGGUAUGAAUAAGGUAUUACCCGGCUUGUACGUAGGAAAUUAUAGGGAUUCCAAAGACUCUUCGCAAUUAGCAAAAUACAACAUAACGCAUAUAUUGGCUAUCCAUGAUACUGCAAGAAGGGUGCAUUCCGACAAACAUUACUUGUGUGUUAUGGCAUCAGACACCCCGGAUCAAAAUCUAACACAGUAUUUUUCCUUAUGCAACGAUUUUAUCCACGCCGCUAGGCUUCGAGAUGGAAAUGUCUUAAUUCAUUGUUUGGCAGGAAUGUCUCGUAGUGUAACAGUAGCUGUGGCUUAUAUCAUGUCCGUCACAACCCUUACUUGGAAAGAAGCCCUUAAAGUCGUACGAGCUGGCAGAGCGGUUGCUAAUCCGAAUUUAGGAUUCCAGAAACAGUUAGAAGAAUUCGAGUGUACACGUUUAUUAGAGGAAAGGCGACGACUUAAAGAACGAUAUCCAAGCCUUGCCUUGGUAUACAAAGAUCAAGAACAAUGCGCAUUGAUGCUCAAUAAUUACGAAGAAUUACUGCAGAGUCGUACUAUAUGUGAAGGAAAAUGUGCCUUAGGAGAACAGUGUCCAACAGGUGUAUGCAGAUCGUCCACUACACAAAAAAGGACCAGACGUCGAACAAAUAGAUCUCAAUCAGAAAUGAGAAGAAGUCCCAGUAGCUCUAGCAGUAAUAGUACUAGUAGUAGCAAUAGCGUAAGACCUCGGUCAGGGCCUGCCAGGCUUAGGAGUUGCACAGGUUCAGCUCCGCCUUCCCGCUCAGGUUCGCGUGUCGACAUUUCGUCACUGGCAUCAUCUGGAAAUCUAACGGCACCAUCCACCCCCCAAGGAAGCCCGCCCGUGUCGCCGGUGCGAAGAGCAACCACUUCUGGCAGGGUAUCCGUUCCCCUCGCUCUAAAAGAGGACGACUUUGAUUCAUAG